AUGGAGACGUCCAUUCCCAAGGGAGGGAUCACAGCACUUCUCCUCUGCUGCUGUCUGCUCAGCUCUGCGCGGGCUCUGGUGGACCCCGACGAUGUUCUCACGAAGGAAGAGCAGAUCUACCUGCUGGUGGAAGCCAAGGAGAGGUGUCAGAGGGACAUAAAAGCCCAGCUGGAGAUGAUCCAAGACACCAGCUGCCUUCCAGAGUGGGAUGGGAUCAUCUGCUGGCCAAAGGGCUCCCCCAGCCAGGAGGUGUCGGUGCCCUGCCCCGACUACAUCUACGACUUCAACCAUCAAGGUCAUGCCUACCGGUACUGCAGCUCCUCGGGGACCUGGGCCAUGGCUCUCAGCAUCAACAAGACCUGGGCCAACUACACCGAGUGCGCUCUGCUCUUCUCCUCCGAGAGCCGGAGCCGUGAGAAGGAGGUGUUUGACCGCCUGCACCUGAUGUACACCAUCGGCUACUCCAUCUCCCUGGCCUCCCUCACUGUUGCAGUCUGCAUCCUGUCGUACUUCAAGCGCCUGCACUGCACACGCAACUACAUCCACGUCCACCUCUUCGCCUCCUUCAUCUGCCGGGCGGUGAGCAUCUUCGUGAAGGACACGGUGCUCUACUCGGGCACCGUGGGCACGGAGAUGGAGAAGAUGCGGGAGGAGGACUUCAGGGCAGAAAUGGGUCCUUCCCCAGGACACUGGAGCCACCUGGUGGGCUGCAAGGUGGCGGUGACUCUCUUCCUCUAUUUUCUGGCCACCAACCACUACUGGAUCCUAGUGGAAGGGCUCUACCUGCAUAGCCUGAUCUUCAUGGCCUUCCUCUCCAACAAGAGCUACCUGUGGGUCCUCAUCAUCAUUGGCUGGGGUCUCCCUGCUGUGUUUGUGUCCAUCUGGGCCAGCGUCAGGGCCUCCCUGGCUGAUACACAGUGCUGGGAUCUCAGCGCAGGGAACAUGAAGUGGAUUUAUCAGGUCCCCAUCUUGGCCGCCAUUGUGGUGAACUUCUUCCUCUUCCUCAACAUCGUCCGGGUUCUGGCCUCCAAGCUCUGGGAGACGCACGCGGGGAAGCUGGACCCCCGGCAGCAGUACAGGAAGCUGCUCAAGUCCACGCUGGUGCUGAUGCCCCUUUUCGGGGUCCAUUACAUGGUGUUCAUGGCCAUGCCCUACACCGAAGUCUCCGGGGUCCUGUGGCAGAUCCAGAUGCAUUACGAGAUGCUCUUUAACUCCUCUCAGGGUUUCUUUGUGGCUUUUAUCUACUGCUUUUGCAACGGGGAGGUGCAGGCAGAGAUCAAGAAAGCCCAUUUCCGGAGGAGCUUGGCGCUGGACUUCAAGCAGAAGGCUCGUGCCACCAGCGCAGUGGGGAGCUACUGCUAUGGGGGGCUGAGCUCCCACCCCACCACCAGCUUCAGCACCAGCCUGGUGGGGCGAGGAGCAGGGAGCACCCAGCAGCGGGGGUUGCUGCUGCCAGCCCGGGCCAGCCUCCCGGGCUGUAUCCCCAGCUCCUUCGCCUCCGAUAACUUUGUGCCCUGUGCGACCCAGGAGAUGAGCCAGAGACCUGGGGGGGGAACCACAGGGGAUCCAACAGACCUGGAUCAGGGUCACCCCAACCUCACCAAAAUGCUGGAGACGAUGCUGUGAAGCGGACGGAGGGUUUCCCAUCUGGGCAUCCAGCUGUGACUGGGAAGAUGCUGAUCCUCACACUUUUAUGCUUGCAUGGAGAGCUGAGAUAGGGAACAAUCCAGUUCCCUUCCCUCACAGGCAGUGUGCAAAGGCACCAUGUGGCUCUACCUACCUGGCCUGUAAAGGAGCAGCUGGUUCAGAACCUCAUUUCCUUCCACACACCAGUGACUGAUGUACGUGAUGUCUGUGCAUGCAAAGCCUUGAAUCAUCCCCAGGAAACACCUCAACGGUCCAGAAGGUGACUUCAGCUCCAGUGUGUAUAAAGCCGAUUCAA